AUGGGUUGUAUGAGUUCGAAGCCCGUCGAUGCGGGAGAUAAAGAAGCACUUCAACGGAAUGUUCGGAUAGAGAAGGCACUGAAGAAUGAUAAAAAAGUGAUGGACAGGACUAUCAAAAUUCUUCUCCUCGGUGCGGGGGAGUCGGGCAAAUCGACAAUUAUCAAACAGAUGCGCAUUAUUCACUCGGGAGGCUUUCCCGACGAUGAACGUGUUCAGACUCGGGCAGUGAUCUACUCGAAUCUGAUCAUCGCCUUCAAGGUUUUGUUGGAAAUCAUGCGCACGGAGAGCAUCGAGUACCAACUCGAAACAAAUAAGUCACUGGGUGAAUUUAUAGACAAUUUAGAGCCGGAUGUGGGCUCUGACGAGGCGUUUUCGGACUUGAAAGUUCGCGAUGCUUUAAGAGAUAUCUGGGAUGAUGCAGGCGUACAAAAGGCCGUGGCUCGAGGACAUGAGUUCGCGCUUCAUGACAAUCUGCAUUACUUCUUCGAAUCUCUUGACCGACUUUUCACUCCGGGGUGGCUUCCCGACAAUCAAGAUAUGCUGCAAGCUCGGUUGCGGACGACGGGUAUCACGGAAACCCUCUUCGAGCUUGGUCAGAUGAAUUUUCGAAUGAUGGAUGUUGGUGGGCAACGAUCCGAGCGCAAAAAGUGGAUCCACUGUUUUGAGGGUGUGCAAUGCCUUCUGUUCAUGGUUGCUUUAUCGGGCUACGAUCAAUGCCUUGUCGAGGAUCAGAACGCCAAUCAAAUGCAUGAGGCUAUGAUGCUCUUCGAAUCACUUGUGAACGGGGAGUGGUUCAAGCGCAAGCCCAUCAUUCUCUUCCUGAACAAGAUCGAUCUUUUCAAGGGGAAGCUUCAAGUUUCACCCGUCUCCAAUCAUUUCCCCGAUUACAAUGGAUCAAACACAGACUUCGAUGCUGCAGCAAGGUACUUCGCAGACCGCUUCCGAGGCAUCAACCGGAUUCCGGACCGCGAGAUCUAUAUCCACUACACGAAUGCUACCGAUACCACUUUGUUGAAGGCUACCAUGGAUUCCGUGCAAGACAUGAUUAUCCAGAAGAACCUCCACACCUUAAUACUAUAA